GGUAGCUCUGUUCUUGCAUAUUCUUGCACAUCAUGAAAAGAACAUAAUCAUACAAGAUAGAUUUAUGUGUUUUGGAGAAACAAUUAGCAGAUAUUUUAAUGCGGUAUUAAGAGCAGUCCUAUGUUUACAAGGGCAAUUGUUAAAAACACCAGAACCUGUGUCAGAGAACUCAUCUGAUGAGAAGUGGAAAUGGUUUAAGAAAGUAGAAGAAAAUUGUAUGAACAGUAUUUCACAUCUCCCAGCUGCUUGUUGUCAAGUUACUCAGUCUUAAAGUGUUUACGAGGAAUCUCAAAUGCCCCUUGUUUCCUAAUACCGUUCUUUUUAUGUAAAAUGGAUUUGCAAGCAAUUAAACUCAAUAUCGUCAGCAAGUAAAGUGGCAGAAAUAAAGAGAAGCAACUAUCACACACAUGGACCCCUAUUGAAGAUGUAGCUCUAGUUAAGGCUUUAACUGAACUUCGUGUUGCUGGGACCUGGAAGGUUGACAAUGGAUUCAAGGUAAGAUAUUUGGGACAACUAGAAAAGAUUAUAGAGCAAAAGCUACCAAAUUGUGGAUUAAGGGCAAACCCACACAUUGAGUCUCGUGUUAAGACACUAAGGAAACAAACAGUUGCCAUCUCUGACAUGAUUGCUAACUCAAGUGGCCUCUCAUGGGACCAUGAAAGUAAAAUGGUUGUUUUUGAAAAACAAGCGUAUGAUGAUUGGGUUAAGGUUCACAAGGAAGCCAAAGGACUAAGACUUAAACCAUUCAUUCAUUAUGAUAGUUUAGUGGAAGCUUUUGGGAGAGAUAGAGCUAAUGGGUUAGGAGCUGAAGGACCUGCUGAAGCUGAUGAAGAUUUGAAUAACGAUAAUGAAUUUGUUGAUCUUGAAGGAGAAGGUUUGCCUGAAAAUAUUGUUCCUACACCUGCUACUCAUACAACUUCUUCCGCUUCUAAUUCAACUCGAACUAGAAAGCGAGCAAGAGACGCUUAUGCUCAAUGUUUGGGAGACAUGGUUAGCACACUUCGCUCCUUUGUAGAUAUGACCAAGACACACUUGGAGACAAUGAAAGUACUUUUGAAUGACCAUGCAACAUCUACAAAAAGAGGUAAGCUUGUCAAAGAGCUUAUGAAAAUUGAAGGCUUGAAUGAUUAUGAUGUGUCUGAGGUUGCUGCUACAAUUAUUGGUGAUGACUCCAAAAUUGAGCUGUUGUUCAGCUUACCUGAUAGUUUAAAGAGCCAAUGGAUUGACAAGCUUCUUAACCACUAGAGAAAUGGAUGCUAAAGACUAAUGUUGGCCUUAAAAUUGCUUUUGUUUUUCUUUUGGCGGGUGGAUGAUCAGAUGAUGGCUCAAUAUAAUGUUAUAUUUUGCUCAAACUUCU